AUGGACUACAAUCAGAAGCUGACCUGGACUUUUGCAGCAGUCGCAGCGGCCAGCGGGGGUGUGUGGUUGUUUGCGGAAUAUGGCGACACUAUUAAAUCCAGUCAGACGAAGCAGAUCGUCUCCUGCGUGCUUGUAUUCUGGGUCGUCUUCCUGGUGAGGACGGUGAUGACAUUCGUGUGGGGAUUCGGGGUUCCAAAGCAGGAGGUCCCUGUUAGGAAGGCCACAGUCCCUAAAAUUGAGGAUGAGGAUGAUGGGGAUGACGCGGGCGCCCAGGCAGCAACGCCAGCGCGCAGGAGGACACGUACAAGAAGGGACAUCUAG